UCAGUUGCACGGGAUCAGCUGUAGCCUGGGAACACAAAACUCCUACUGAGGAUGUUUCCAAAGGCCCGCCACAGUUCACCAGCUCACAUUAAAGGCAGCCUUGGGUGCUCCGAGGUGAAGGGUGUGUCCGGUUUGUACCAGUGCAAGCAGACGUAGUGGGACGGGAUCUCUCAUCCACAACAGCAGAACAGGUUUGUCCGGUAACCUGGUUUUCCUAUAAGGGUCACUUACACCUGCCGCUGAUCCGUUAGUUUACAGUCUUCGAGGAGAGGGCACGUUGCUCGCUGUUGACUCGGCACCGGGAGAAGGAACAGGCAGAGAUGGCUGCAACGACUGCUCAGCCUAUGGGGAGCCUGCCCAGCGGACUGGGGAUCUGCACCACGGCCCCAGAUAUAUUUUACCUGCCUGAGCUGGUGUUUGGUGGAUUGGUGUGGAUCUUGGUCGCAUCGACGAAGGUGUCACCACCAAACCCUCUGGGAUGGGUGAUGUUCGUUUCUGUCUUUUGCUUUGUCAUGACCUUCCUCUGGAUGAUUAUCUUCGUAGCCGGAGGUCACAAGAACCGCUCUGGCUGGGCUGCUGCUGAUAUAGCCUACCAUGGCCUGGCUGCAUUCUUCUACCUCAGUGCAGGAGUUAUUCUGGCUUAUAUCACCAUGGUUAAUAAAAAUAAACUGCCGUUUAAAAAUUACCAGAUUGACAUUGCUGCCGUGGUGUUCGCCUUCUUGGCCACACUCCUCUACUUCAUCCACGCAAUCCUCUCUGCCAUCAGAUGGAAGAAUUUCUGAGGAGUGAAUGACAGAUCUGCAAGAAAUAAAGUGCAUCCUCUGUGCAGUGGGGUGUCCAUGGCCAUGUGUUUGCAUGUAUGAGUGUGUGGGCACAUGUGGUGUAAAUACUCACAGCGUCAUCAACCUAAUCAGGAUGAUAGUUAUAUCAACAAGAAGUACGACUUCUUUUUUUGUAACAUUAUCAAACAGCACAUAACUGAAGUCGAAUAGAAAAUCCUAUUGAGCAUUUUGAGAUGUUACCUGUAAUGUGGGUUGAGACUUAAAAUUGAUUAAUGAACAAAUUAAAUCUUAAAAAAAUCAAUUUGCAUCUGAAAAGUUUGAUCAAAACAGCAAAUUCUGUCUUUUUAUACAAAGUGUUAUGGUUACAGAUACUAGAAACAGUGGAAAGAAUCUUUUAUGUUUCUUUGUCUGAUCUGAAAAUGCCUUUUUUUUCUAUGUAUUACCAAGAUUAAAACAAAACACUUACGUCCA